CUGCCGUUGGGACCAUGGCGUCUGCCUGCCUGCUCGCUCUGCUGCUGCUGCUCCUGGGAGGCUUCCCCGCCGCCCCUGCCGAGUCGAUUCGAGAGACUGAGGUCAGAAACACCCAGGACCUCUUGGAAAGCAGAUACUUCUCUGGAGCCCUCCCUGAUGAUGAAGAUGCUGGGGGCCUCGAGUUUGAGUCUGGCUCUGGAGAUCAGGAUGGCACGGAGGAGACCAGGACCUUCCCUGAAGUGAUUCAGCCCUUGGUGACUCUAAGUAACCACAUCCCUGAGAGGGCACAGCCUGGGAUCCGUGUCCCCUCAGAACCCAAGAAACUGGAGGAGAAUGAAGUCAUUCCCAAAAGGGUUUCACCCUCCGAAGUGGAUAGUGAUAUAUCCAACAAAGUGUCCAUGUCCAGCACCGCUCAGGACAGCAACAUUUUUGAGAGAACUGAGGUCCUGGCAGCUCUGAUUGUGGGCGGCGUGGUGGGCAUCCUCUUCGCCAUUUUCCUGAUCCUGCUGCUGGUGUACCGCAUGAAGAAGAAGGAUGAGGGCAGUUAUGACCUGGGCAAGAAACCCAUCUACAAAAAAGCCCCCACCAACGAGUUCUACGCAUGAGACUUCCCACGAGUGCUGCUUGGACUUAAUGGGGAGGAGGGGCGUCAAAGGAUUGGAUGGUGGGCAUUAUAGAGAGGGAGGGCACCUUAGUACUGACUUGUCAGUGUCAGAAGAGAGACCCUCCCUCUUCUGCUCUGCUGCCUCACUUGGAUUUGGGGGUGGGGGUGUGUGUCUUGGUUGCCCUGGCAGAAAAAAGGAGUUAAAAUAGCCUUUUCUGGGAUUGAGUUGACCCCCCCCCCCAAAUUUCCA